AGCUGGAAAACUGAGUCUCGGGGAGGAUGGACUGAGCACCAGUACUUGUAGAUCCUGGCAAAAGAGGAGGCUUGGGAGCGAUGGACCUUUGGUUCUGGGGAAGGGGACUGAGAUCCCGGAUUCCUGAGUCUGAGCGAAGAGGCUGAGUGCUGGGAGCCAGGACUCCUGGGUCUAAGGAAGGAAGAGCUGGAGGUUCGGGCAUCCGUGUCCCGGGAAACGAGACGGCCACGUCGCCAUGCCUUCCUCCGGGCCCCGCGCAGUCUUUCUCCUGCUACCGCUGUUGCUGCUGCUGCGUGCUGUUUUGGCGGUGCCUCUGGAGCGGGGGACGCCCCAGCAGGAGAGCCCUGCGACCGAGAGCCCCGACACGGGCCUGUACUACCAUCGGUAUCUCCAGGAAGUCAUCAAUGUGCUGGAGACGGAUGGGCAUUUCCGCGAGAAACUGCAGGCUGCCAACGCUGAGGACAUCAAGAGUGGAAAGCUGAGCCGGGAGCUGGACUUUGUCAGCCAUCAUGUCCGCACCAAGCUGGAUGAGCUGAAGCGGCAGGAGGUGUCAAGGCUGCGGAUGCUUCUCAAGGCCAAGAUGGACGCCGAGCAGGAACCCAAUGUGCAGCUGGAUCACUUGAGCCUCCUGAAGCAGUUUGAACACCUGGACCCCCAGAAUCAGCACACGUUCGAGGCCCGGGACCUGGAGCUGCUCAUUCAGACGGCUACCCGAGACCUUGCGCAGUACGACGCAGCCCAUCAUGAAGAAUUCAAACGCUACGAGAUGCUCAAGGAGCAUGAGAGACGCCGUUAUCUGGAGUCACUGGGAGAGGAACAGCGAAAGGAGGCAGAGAGGAAGCUGGAAGAGCAACAGCGGCGGCACCGAGAGCACCCCAAAGUCAAUGUACCUGGUAGCCAAGCCCAGUUGAAGGAGGUGUGGGAGGAGCUGGAUGGAUUGGACCCCAACAGGUUUAACCCCAAGACCUUCUUCAUACUGCAUGAUAUCAACAGCGAUGGUGUCCUGGAUGAGCAGGAGCUGGAGGCCCUCUUCACCAAGGAGCUGGAGAAGGUGUAUGACCCAAAGAAUGAAGAAGACGACAUGCGCGAGAUGGAGGAGGAGCGGCUUCGCAUGAGGGAGCACGUGAUGAAGAACGUGGACACCAACCAGGACCGCCUGGUGACCCUGGAGGAGUUCCUCGCAUCCACCCAGAGGAAGGAGUUUGGGGACACCGGGGAGGGCUGGGAGACAGUGGAGAUGCACCCUGCCUACACGGAGGACGAACUAAGGCGUUUUGAGGAAGAGCUGGCCGCCCGGGAGGCAGAGCUGAACGCCAAGGCUCAGCGCCUCAGCCAGGAGACGGAGGCUCUAGGGCGCUCCCAGGGCCGCCUGGAGGCCCAGAAGAGAGAGCUGCAGCAGGCCGUUCUGCAAAUGGAACAAAGGAAGCAGCAGCAGCAAAGCCAGAACGGCCCAGCCCCUGGCCCUGAGGGACAGCUCAAGUUCCGCCAGGACACAGAUGACGCGCCUGUCCCAGCUCCAGCCGGUGACCACCCGAAGGAUGGGGACCCUUCAGAGAAGAAGGCUCCUGAUCAGCCCCCCGAGCUGCCCCAGUUGGAUACCCAACAUCUGUGAUCCUCCUGGGGUCCCCCCCGUCCCCCCCACUACAUACACUCUGGGUUCCUACUGAGGCUGCUGAUGGGAAGGAGAUGGGAGCCUCAGUCCACCCCCUGUGGGGACCAGCCACAUGCAGGUGGCCUCCUGGGGGAGGGGAGGGCAGGCGGCCUGCAUCUGUCACCUCCCACCUCCACAGCCUCCCAGUCCGCGGCCCCUUCUUGCCCAUCCCCUCUAAGGACCUACCUUCUCAGCUCUAUUUGGGGGCCCUCACUGGGUCCCCCUAACUUAGGGAAGCCCCCUCCCUCUCGUGGAGGGUCUGCUUCGUGCCUGCCUCCCAGAUGGCUGGGGCCAAGUUGGGGCCACUCUGUGUCCCCACAGCUGCUGAGUUCCGCCUGCUGCCCAGCCUCUGCGGGUUGGCGAGGCUUGAGUGGUCCUUCGAGAGCUUUCCCUACCUUUGUGGGACCACCAGUGCCUCAGCGGCGGGGUCUUCCCCUUGGCGGGGUAUGAAGGGCAGCAGUCCUCAGCCUAGCAGAUUCCCUGGUAACUAGGCCCCUGGCUUCCAGCUGUGGCUGCCUCCGCCCCUCCCCCACACAGCCCCAGAAGGGCCCUGGAGCCAACCCUGCCCCAGGGUCAGGUUCCAGCCCCGCAGCCUCAUGUGGGGGGCAUUGCCUGCCCUCCCCCACACCCUUUCUGGCCUUGUCCUACAGCUCCCAGGUCUGCUUUAUCCUCCGGUUCCAUCCAAAUACACUUUCUGGAACCUUC